AAAAUGUGUUUUUCUAUGAAUUAAUGCUUUGAGAUCUAUAUUUAUUACAUCUCAGAGUAAGAUUAUACUUUUUAAUGCUCAAAAAAUCUAGCAAAUAUUGAAUUUUAAUUGAUUAUCACUUUUAAUUUACUGCCGCGGUAAUUGUCACGGACUUUUGAAGCAUGUCAGUAUUACCGCGGUUUUCGUACUUUACCACGGUAAUAGAAACAUCUGUAAUAUCAGACGGAUGCGACAACUGCCGCGGUUGAAAUGUACUUAGUUAUAACCUCUAAAUUAAUAUAUCUCGUGUUGUUGAUCUCACAGUAAACACUUAAAUACAAUGGCAAAAACUAAAAAAAGUUCUAAAAAUACAAAAAAGCAAGUUAAAAAUGUAAGCUUUAAAAAAAAAAAGUGUAACUACAAGCAUGAAAAUUUAAUAUUGGCAGUGAAAGAAGCGCAAGAGGGAAAAAGUAUUGCAGAACUAUCAAGGAAAUAUCAAAUACCCGAAUCAACGAUAAGAGAUAGAAAAAUUGGUAAAUAUGUAGACAAACCACCAGGACCAUCAACAGUACUUAGUGCUAAAGAAGAAUGUGAACUUGUUGCUUGGAUUUUUUUGUGUACUAGCCGAGGAUUUCCAGUUACAAAACAUCAGUUAAUUGAAAGCGUAAAACUAAUAUGUGAUCACGAUAAGCGAAAAACUCCUUUCAAAACUAAUCGACCAGGAAGAGGUUGGUAUGAUAGUUUUUUAAAGCGUCACCCAACUGUGUCUGAAAGAAUAGCUGAAAAUGUAUCACUGAAUCGAGCUAAAGUAUCUGAGGAACACAUACGCUCAUGGUUUACAGAAAUUAAAUCUUAUUUAACUGAUGAAGAUCUACUUUUAAUUGAUUCAACUAGGAUUUUUAAUUCUGAUGAAGCUGCAGUUUCAUUAAAUCCAAAGCCACCAACUGUUCUUGCUCCAAAAGGUUUAAAAAAUGUAUAUAAUGUUGUGAAUAACAAUGAAAAAGAAAAUGUCACUGUGCUAGUAACAGCCAAUGCAGCAGGUACUCUUGCUCCGACUUUGGUGCUAUUUAGUGGAGAAAGUUUACCUAAAGAUGUUAUUAAGGUAGCACCAGCUAAUUAUAGUUUUGGUCACUCGGAGAAUGGUUGGAUGACAGCUAAAAAUUUCUAUGAGUACAUAGCAAAUGUUUUUUAUCCGUGGUUGAUAGACAAGAAGAUAAAACUACCAAUUAUAUUAUAUAUUGAUGGACAUUCUUCACACAUUACUUUGCCAUUAAGUGAAUUUUGUCGUGAGAAAAAAAUUAUCCUAAUUGCAUUGUAUCCUAAUUCUACGCACAUUCUUCAACCUUUGGACGUGGCUUUGUUCCGUACUUUUAAAAUGGCUUGGCAAAAAUCCUUUCAAGCUUUUUGUCAGAAAUGCGGUACUGUAAGUAUUAAAAAGUGUCAAUUUGCACUUGUGCUAGAAGAAACUUUUAAAAAAUUAGAUCUUAAAAAAAUCAUGGAACAUGGAUUUAAGGCAUGUGGACUAUGUCCCUUGGAUGUUAAUGCUAUUGACUUUAAAAAAGUUUUCAAUAGAUUAAAAAGUUCAUCUAGUGAAACAAUAAGUAAUUUAGAAACGACAGAAGAAAAUACAAAGAAUAUUGAAGGAUUAACUUUUUUGGAAAGUUUAAUCGAUAAAACUAAACUAGAAUCGUUUAAAAAUCAUGGCAGCUCUAAUUGGACUGGACCAGAAGAAGAUAAAAGUCUCUUUGACGUAUGGUAUUUAGCAACGAAUAAAAAAAUUGAUCAAAUUGUUGAUUUCCCUGAGGAGAAUUUUUGGUUGAAGGAACCACAAUGUCUCUCCAAGGAAACCAUCUAGAAGAUGCUGACAACAUAGCAAUACCACUA